UUGCUAAGGACGCUUCGGCCGAGGCUACCGCCAUGGAUCAGGAAGAGGGGCUGAAGGCCGUGGACAAUAUCGUCACUCAGUUCAACACCUACGAAGAUUUCCUGGACUCGCAGAUCACUACCGUGGACUUGUACUACCUGGAGGAUGAAACCCUGGCCCGCCAGUUGGUGGAGCUAGGCCACCGAGGGACUGGAGAGAGAGUAAAAAGGGAAGAUUUUGAAGCAAGGAAAGCAGCUAUAGAGAUUGCAAGGCUGGCUGAAAGAGCUCAGAAAAAGACUCUAACAAGUGCUGGUAAAGACCUACAAGAUAAUUUUCUGAUGGCCCUGGCCAUGAGAGAGGAAGACAAUCGCAAUGGAAAACUGAGUCUAAAUCAACAAGAGGUCAAUGCUGCUCAUACCUUGAAGAAGCAACUGGCAUCCGUGAUCUUUAUUCGUGACAGAAAUUCUCAUGGGCAAGAGAUAUCAGGAUACAUCGACUAUGCCCACAGGCUAAAGACUGAAGAUUUUGAAGUCUACUUUAGUGGGAAAAAAAGACUUCUUCCAAGGCCCACAGAUAUGAGCUUUUACAACUGGGACACUAAUAUUGCUGUUUGUAACUCAAGUCCCAACUAUCAAGUGAUUGCCGAUAAUCCAGAAGGCUUACUUUUCAAAUUCAAAAGAGACAGAAAAAUUCUCAAUGUGGACCCAAAGGCGCAGCCAGGUGACAACUCUACUAGAAUCCCUAUUCCAACAGAACUCUACAUACAAGCUGUCAUUUUUGACCACAUUUCCAGAAGGAAGAUUUAAGCACCAAUAAGUUCGUUUCCUAAUAUUUUGCUAACUUUAAAUAAAUUCCAUAGACAGAACAAAUUAGAAUGAUAAAUCAGCCCUGUAGCUGGAAGGUAAAUUCGUACAAGAAAGUUAAUAAAGAAAUUAGAAAGAAAA